AAAGCUAUGCGUCUUUUCAGCCGACUAUCGGACUGAAAGCUUCGUGCAUGUUUUUGUAUUGAUGAGUAAAUAGGUAAUUUCUUAACGAUUAAUUUAAUAGGUUAGAUAUCUGCAACAAAUCUUAAAUCUCGAUUAAGAAGAACUCAGUGAAGUAAAUGAAUAAAUAAUAUUGCUACAAUGGAAUUUCGCUUCGAUAUUACCAAAAUUUUCAAAGAAAACAUAAGUAGAAUUGGAAAUUCUCUGCUUCCAAAUGGAUUCAUUGCAUCAGAUCGCCGAUGUGCAUUAGACACAACUGCAUAUGUCGCUGAAAUAAUAAAUACCGUGGGACAGGCAUCAGCAGCAGCGCAAGGACUUAACCAUCCAGUGACAACUAGUGAUCGAUUGCGCAACUCAGAUGAUCAAGUCAUUUAUCUGAUGACCGAGAACAAUGGAAGAAGCGGUCUUGUUCUUGGUCUUCUCAAAAUAGGACGUAAGUCUCUUUACGUAUUUGAUCAAAACGGUGAUACCCGUCAUGUUAAUGCUCCUUGUGUAUUGGAUUUCUAUAUACACGAGCUUCGUCAACGAGCUGGGUUGGGGAAAGUUCUUUUUGAAUAUAUGUUGGAACAAGAAAAUUUCACACCUGAGGAGUUAGCUAUUGAUCGUCCCAGUGAAAAAUUGCUUUCUUUUCUACGAAAGCAUUACGGGCUUUCAACAAAGAUUCCACAGAUGAAUAAUUUUGUUAUAUUUGAUGGCUUUUUCGGCUCACAAAAAUCAGCUAGAGAUUUGCAUCGAACAAGUCAAACGUAUGUCACAACUAGUCCCAACUCAAUUCUAUUUGGACCUCAAUAUUUGAAUGCUGAAAAUAAACGUCGUCAAUCGCAUGUACGAUCGAAUCAUGAUUUGCCACUGGGAAAUAAUCAAAUUAAUGGUAACAUAACAAAUAAAAAUUGCUUUUACAAUAACUUAUUAAUUAGAAUAUCUGCAAAAUUAAACAACGUAGGACGUUACGGUGCUCCAAGGCCUCAAUGCAGUCUGAAUCAGAUAAUUCACAAUAAAGAAACGUCAGUAGAAGCUGAACCAACCAGAAAAUUGAUGAAUGACACAACAGCUGACAUAAUAAAAUCAUUUGUUGAACAAACUGACAAUCUCUCUGUUAGCGAAAAGAACGUUCAAGAUACGAAACAAGAAGUUGAUGAACCAUCAGAUUUAAUUACGUCGCCAAUUUCAUCAUCACAGCAUGAUGUUAAAUUUUCUGAUGAUCGAAACUUGGUUGAUUCUUUUGCUUCUGAUAACUACAACUACAAUGAAUCAUCUUUUGAAACAUUUGAUACACAGCAUGAAGGAGAUCAUGUCGAUUCAAAUAAAUUUCGCUACAAUAAAAGACAAACGGGAAAGAAGAAUGUAUCAAGUAUUGUUGUUGGAUCCGACGAAAAAAUUGAAUUUAAUCAGAUUUCUGAUGAUGGAUUUGGUGUUGUGAAGAUUAAUCGUCCUUUUGGUGUGCCAGCAUCUUAUCGCACACAUGAACACUCAUACGACAAUGACUCAGUUCACUCCCGGGACUCUGAAAAUACUCACACGGCCGAUGGAUUUUUCGAUUUAAAAUUUUACAGUCAUCCACUUUGGUAGAUGAAAAAUCUUAAAUAGAAGUGGAAGGGUGAAAUUCUUAAGUUUCCCUUCCACUUUUUUUCAAACAAGAAGUUACUUAAAAGUUAAAGUUCAUAAUUCCAAAAGUUAUUAUAUGAUUUGAAGUUUUCAAUAAAUAUUAGAUACUUUAUUAGCACUCA